ACAGGGAGUUUAUGUUCUAGAACACCCACCCUUUUCUCCGGAUCUAGCCCCCUGUGACUUUUUCCUUUUCCCUCGUCUCAAGAAAAAGCUUGAAGGCAGAAAACAUACAUACCGCCAAAAGUUGGGGGCCGCCAUAUUUAACCUCCUUAGUGAUAUACCUGAAAAAGACUAUCAGAAAGCUUUUAAGGAUUGGAUUAAAAGAUUAAGACGUUGUGUAUCUGUCAAAGGAGAUUACUUUGAAGGUUUGAAAUUGUCACAAAUUGACAUACGGGCCUUAUUUUAUAUGUAUUGUAAAUGCAGGUAUUGCAUCAUCUUUUUGUAAAUUUUUGAGUUAUUGAGGUAAAUGUCAGAUUUCACGCAUGAAAUACCUCUCAUGUUUUUCUGUAUUUCAUAACUUAAAUUUCCAUGUAAAUUUCAUUGAAUUCUGUUCAGUAAUAAGUGACGUAUUUUAAUCACGUGACGUAUGAACUUAGUAGCACAUAUGUUUUGUAUAAGUAGCACGUAUUAUUUAUGGGAGCCUACGGAGGUAUGGUGUACCCAAAGGAGCAGUUUUAUGCCCUGACUUAUUUGUUUUGCUAUGGUGCUUACCAUAUGUUAUAUAUUUUAGCUUCUUCCGCCAGACGAUUUUUCCUGGUGAUGUCAUAACCCGGAAGUACAAUGCCCGAGGUUCACUUGUCUUCACUCGCCUGGAUGUGAUAUUCCCAGCGCAGAGCUUUCGUCCCAUGGUUGUGCCGUAAACCGCAAAGACGAUGAUUUUUGUUAUCCUCUGAAGUCAGCUCAGGGAUGCAAUCACCUACCACCAUAGGGAGCCAACACGGAAUCAACGUAUUCACGGUUUAAAGGGACUGAAUUUAGAAGCUAUGUUUUGUUUGUGCUACUUAAAGUUCACAAUUACAUUAAAGACCUGUGUCACGUCAGAUUAGAAUGGACUAUAAGAACUUUUGUAUCUAGAGAUACUGAACUUUCUUUUUUUUUUCUUUCUUAUAAUCAGUUUUUUUUUCUUUUCAUAUCUAUUCAUUGUUAAUAAUCAUCUUAUGUAAAUAAAUUUGUAAAUAUUGUAAAGGGUGUUGAUUUGUUUUGAUGGUUACUGUCGCCGGUACGGCCUUUCCUGUCACAAUGGUGUCAGAAGUGGGAUUGGUCGACCAGACACAGUAGCUAUUCGAACAGUAUUAACACCCAUUUAACUGCAGCAAUAAUUUGUAAAGAUUCCUCUUGUUUUGUUUUAUUGUUACACAUAUAAUAGUUUUAUUCAUUUUUCAGAGUGACGGCUUACCUCAGACAAGACAAGGACAGAUCCGUAACUUCAGCUAACCAGCUUUAGUGGUCACAGACUAAUAGACAGUUGUAUACGACACUUGGAUUCUGCGGUGAGUUCGUUCCUUUUAUUUUUCUUUUGGGUUUAUUUUGUGUCACUCUAUGAUUAAGCCACCAUAUAUCUGUGCUGAGAGUGACCGCCCUUGACAAGGAGAGUUAUCCUACUCACUCUUACUUGUGCGUCGCCCUACUUCUCCCAGUGAUCCUAUUAGGUAUUAGUGUGCUGUAUACAUACCAGAUACAGUAUUUUUUUUUAAUUUGUGUGUGUUAGCAAGCUUGUUUACUUGCAUAUACUUUUACCUACUUUUAAGUUUUAGUGCUACACAGUUGUGUUAUACCUAUACUUUAUCUUAGGAUAAAGCACUUUGAUUUAUUUUUGUUUAUUUGUUACACUAAAGUUUAACACCAGUUACAGUUGAUUGAUAUUUGAUAAGGCUAAGGUAUUGUUACAGCCUACUGUCACUGUACUUUGUUGAUUGUUGCCUAUGCAACCUUGAUUGACACAUAGUAUUGUUGCGCAACUUAGUGUAUUAUUUUAGUGAGGACGUUUUGUGUAGUAUAUACGUAGAGUAUAGUAUUUUGUUUUGGCUUCAGUGGUAACUGUAGAGCCUUAGUGUAAACUAGUGUAGUCUAGUAUUCCCUCACGAUUGUUUAUUUAGUGUCUCAGGUUGUUAUAGUAGCUGUAGUGCGUAGUGUUAUAUAGUGUUAACGUAGUGUAAUCAAACAUGACUAGUGUAGUAGAGUUAACGAAGGUAGGACAGGAGUUAGGUUAUGAAGGAGAGGAGUUACGUAACUUUGUUAAGGAAGAGCAGGCUAGGGAACGUGAGGAAAGACAUAGUAGAUUAGAGGCAGAGAAAGAUAGAUUAGAGGCAGAGAAAUUAAGAGCAGAGGCAGAGAAAGAUAGGUUAGAAGCAGAGAAAGAUAGAUUAGAGUUAGAAGCUAGGUUGCAGAAGGAAAAGAUAGAGUAUGAACGUAAGUUAGAAUUAGAUAAGUUAGAAUACGGACGUAAGUUAGAACAGGAUAAGUUAGAAAUGGAAAAGGAGAAGUUAAUGUUAGCUAGGAAGUUAGAAACAAAGAAGGAGGAAGCAGAAAGUAGGAAAUUAGAAACAGAGCAUAAGUUUAAGACAGACUUAGAAAAGAUGAGUAAGAAAAAGGUAAAGGUUAAGAUGUCUCCCUUUGAUGGAGAAAAAUUACCUGUAGCGUAUGCUAGUAGAAAAUUGCUACCUAGGGAGCAAAAGUACUCAGUGAUAGAGAAGGAGUGUUUAGCGAUAGUAUGGGCAGUAGCUAAGUUUCACCGGUAUUUGUUCGGUAAAGACUUUGUAUUAGAGACAGAUCAUCAGCCGCUCACUUAUUUGAAUAAAGCGAAACUUAGCAACUCCAGGCUGAUGAGAUGGGCAUUGGCAUUACAGCCAUAUAGGAUCAGUAUUAGAGCAAUUCCUGGUAGAGAAAAUGUAGGCGCAGAUUAUUUGAGUAGAGUGUAGACAAGUGGCUAUAUAAUAUGGUGUACAGAUAGUGACAGCGUGUUUUUUUUUUGUGUGUUUGCUAUGUGCAGUAUGCCAAUUUGUUUUCAUUUAAGAAAAUUAUGAAUUUUCUUUUUAAGGGGGGACGUGUGUCACAAAUUGACAUACGGGCCUUAUUUUAUAUGUAUUGUAAAUGCAGGUAUUGCAUCAUCUUUUUGUAAAUUUUUGAGUGAUUGAGGUAAAUGUCAGAUUUCACGCAUGAAAUACCUCUCAUGUUUUUCUGUAUUUCAUAACUUAAAUUUCCAUGUAAAUUUCAUUGAAUUCUGUUCAGUAAUAAGUGACGUAUUUUAAUCACGUGACGUAUGAACUUAGUGGCA